AAGAUGGACGCUACAGCCUCGAUAGGUUUCUGUUUCUUUUUCGACUAUACAUGCGCCAAUCAUCCCUAUAUGGAAACAAGUGGACACUGAGAUGCUUUCAUUAUUUAACGGACCUAUCAUCCGUGAAACGAUCAAAUUGGGAUAAAGUGGAUGUCUUUUUUGCUCUGACGUGUUUGGACCAUGGAUCAGACUCUCGGUUAUUUUGUAACUUCCUGGUUUGGUUGUCGCAUUUAGUAUGUCUAUUCAACUGCGGCCAAAGCUCAAGUGACUGUACAAAAAAGAAAAAGUUUAUAGGAAAGCGAAUAUGUGGGGCUUUGUAAUCUUGUAGUGAUGUUUAAAACCAGAGACAACUGUUUUCAACGAAGGGCAAAAGGAGAACCACCGAUUUCAUAAGUGUUUCAGCAAUGGAAAGUGGGACCGAUGGUGCCUCGAGUAAAGGUGUUUUUAUACCUGUGCCAGAAAGCUGUGACGACUUUAAAAACAACAUUUUGGCUCCUCUUCAAAGUGCGUACUUGUAUGAAGAGUCAAAGCAGUCUUUCAGAUACAAGUCCGCUGUCCUGAUUAGAAAUUCUGCACUGGAAGAAAAGUAUAAUGCCUUCAGAGAAAAGAGACGAGAAAUAGGAUAUUCAGAAGAGGAUCUGGAAGAAACCUACGGGUUUUUAUUGUUUGAUGAUGUCAACAAGGCUAAUGCACUUGGAGAAACUAGUGUGCUCACUGGAAACAGCUCUUGCACAACUUUGGGAGACCCCUUGAAAGGUGUGUACAUAUCCAUGUACUCUGACUGUUUGGACCUGAAUCGCUGGUAUCAUGGGAAAUCAGGGUACAUUGCCAUCAUCAGGCUGACAAAGGGGAGAGUUAACAAGGUUUUGGAGAACUACACACAGAAUUUAACUGCACCCACUGCAGGUUUUGACGGUCACGUGUCUGAGCAGUUGCCUUCAGUUUCUGCCAAAACCAGUUCCUUUCUGGCAUUUGAGAGGGCCCAGUAUUACCUGUAUGAGCUGCUAGAUGAUGGAAGCAGUGAAACAGCCCGAUCUCCUAGCCUUGCCUGUCCUUUUGCCAUUGUGGCAUUUUCAUAUACAGACACCAAAACAACACAUGUAGAACCACAGGAGAAAAGUGUGGAGAAAAAACUGGUGUUUCAUUAUAUGCCAUGGGGAGGUCAACUUCAAAUAGGCACCCAGUUCUAUGAUGUUAGGCUGAAGUCUCCAGUAGGGGCAAUCAUCCCUGCAAAACUGCCACCAGUAGUGAAAGUUGACAGAGCCAUUUCCAUGUCAGAUCUUCGACAGCUCUUGCCAAGAGCUGUCUUUGAAACCUGCUUCUCUGGUGAAGUCUUUCUGGAUAGCUUAUACUGCAUCCUGUGUGAGUUGGUUUCGUCUGUGGCAGAGGGAACAAGCUCACUAUCUGUCCUUCUUCAGCAGAUAAAGGAGAAAGAUCUGGCUCUCACUUUUCCACUGAAUGAUGGGGGAUUUCUCAUCCUCUUGCACUCAUCCCACUUUCUCACCUAUGAUGAUACUGGUUCCAGUGCCACUGACGUACUGCAAGGCUUGUUUGUGUUUCCAGACUCACGAGUUAUACAGAGAGAUACAAAAUUAGGACAGAAAAAGCCUUUCAUGUCAUCUGAAAUUCUUCGGGUUCUACCAGUACUAAGUUAUGCAGAGGGUGAAGUUGAGAAAACGCCUAUUGACCCAAGCGAAGAUCUGUGUGACGUGUUGGUUCAGCAUAUGCAGAGUUAUGCUGCACUGAUAAAUCCUGGGUUGGCAUCAAGUCCCUCUAGGGAAGCAAGCAUCUUCCCAGAUCAGUAUGAUGUACCUGAUGCCCAUAAACACCUUUACACAUCACCAGAGUGGACCAACAGGGAAUGGCAAAGCAUCAGGUCAUACCUGAGCAAACCAAUUUCUUUUCAACUGCCAGUGUCAAAGGCCUCAGAAAUCCUGGCAGCUGGACAAGAGGAGCGAAGAGAAGACCUUGAUGAUGAUGUCUACAUCUGUCUGUCAUCACCUGAGGAGGCACCACACUGUCCUGUUGACAUAGGGUCAGAAGAUCAGUUGGCAGGCCAGAUAUCUCCAGCAAACAUUGAGACAAAUGUGGACAGUUGUAUAACAAGUGCUGAAGCACAGGUUAACUUAACAGUCUCUCAAAAUGUUGUACCAAAUGAUUUGCAAGCUGGAGAUGCAACCAAAGACACUGAAAAAUCUGACCUGACUGAGCUUAUCAAAACUGAUGAUAUGGGGACAAAGACUUGCCUAACUCCCCCUACAGCAGAUGACCUACGAGCAGAGCUGAUUGUCAGUAUUACUUCAGCAGAGCGAACUGUCACUGAUGAGAGUCUGACUGCGAUCAGUACUGCAUCAGCAACAAAGCAUAAUGACUUUCAGCUUCCUGGUUUUUCAACAGCCAAAUUACAAACAGCAGGAGUGAACUCUAUGAAUGAUGACACUGUCAUAACCAAAAGGGUUUUGGGUUGCCCUGAGGUCCCUAUUCCCACUAAAACGCGACGGAGGAAAGUACGCAGGGGACAUUACAAAGCUCGAAAAAAGGAAUCUAAAGAACUUGUUCAGACUCUCAGUUCGCAAACUUUCAAAAUACCAAUGGAGGAUAAUAAUUUAAAGAGUCAGAGGGAUGACAAGGCCACAGAACCAUUAGCCCAAUCACAGUUGAACAAACCUCCAGUUGUUGAUUGGAGAAAACGACCAAGAAAUAAGCGCAAGUAUAGACUAUCAUCAACAAGUAGAAUAUUGCGAUCCGCUACGGUUAGUUUAGUCGUAGCAGAGGAGGAAAAGACUGAAUCAGGAAAGGAGACAUUUGAAAACACCAUUUCAAUGGGACUUGACACUUGUUCACUGAGAAAGAAAACUGAACGCUGGGACUUAAAGCCAGUAAUCAGCAAUUGUGGAAGAAUCUUGGUUCCUCAUGGCACUGUAGACUUUGCAGAUCAGAUUAAGUCUUUAAAGGAUACAUUUCAAUCUACAAAAGCUGCACAGAUCCAGGAGGAAAUGUUGGUUGAUGUCCUGGCCAACACUCAUGGAGCGGUGGAGAUGGAGCAAAAGUCAAGCACUGCUCUGGAAACAGCAGAGGACAAGGCAGAGUUGACAGAAUCCAAGGAUGGAAGGAACAAUCUUCAAAAUGUUGUGGACAGUCAGCUAAAUCCUGAACACAGCAUUUGGAGACAGUUAGAUGCUGGCAAUGGUUCAUUGACUUUGAAGAGUUCUGAGCAAUCUUCAGAGAAGGAUAGCAUACAGACUCCUCCCUCAAAAGCAGUUCAAGAAAAACCUACUGAUAGCAUCUCCCAUACAAAGGGUGAAUUUCUGUUGAGGAAACUGAAAUCUGUACUUUCAAGGGGAAAGAGAAAAACUGAUCUUCUUAUUUCAAAGGAAAUUGCAGAUACCACACAAGAAACUGAGCCUUGUCUUAAGAAGAGCAAAGGUGACUCAGACACUGAGACGUUGAGGAGUACGAAUGCAAUAACAGGUGUACAGAAAACCAGUGUAGGAGUCAAGGAAGUUUCAAAGAUGCUGUCAGUUGACCCUCUUUUUGCAUUUGCCUUAGGCCUGACACCUAAAGAGACACCAGAUAAGGUAAAGAAAACUGAGGGUCAGGACACUCAACUAAAGAAAGACACAUCAGAGACACAAGAACAAACCAUUUCAGAAAAACAACCUCAAAUCAUACAAAGGCCUCCAUCAAUUUUCCCAAGGAGGGGCAGGAUUAAAACACUCAAAAAGCACCAAGACAUCCCUGCAGAAUAUAUUAAAAAGAAAUGGUGGUUGCAUUUUCAAACCCCAGCUUGUUAUGCAAGUGAAAAACUCAAAAACAAAGAAUGUACUAGGGAUAAUUCUGUCAGGAAGACUGUUAAGGAAAAAAUGCAGACUGCUUGCUCAUCUACAGAUGCUUUGAACUUACUUGCUGACUUGGCACUUGGUGCCAGUAAUGACCAGGUUCCACCACAACCAAACCCAGAACUUGAGAGAAAACCUGAGUCAAGUUUGAAGAAGUGUGGUCUUACAAAAGAUGUUACCAGUGCUGAGCAAAAGUCAGUUCUUCAUGCACUACUUAGAAAGUCUACUGCUAGACCCAUUCAUCCUCUUGAGUCUCCUUCUCCAAACCAUCUUGUGGGAGGCAGUGAGUUGGUUGGUUUGGUGUCUAAAGAACAUGCUUACUCAUUGCCCCCGUCUUCCUCUCUACUGUUGGGUUUACCAGGUACACCCUUCCAGGUAUCCCCUAUAAGUGGUUCUACUAGACUGCUGCACCGUCACCAGACAAAGUAUGGCAUUGGAAUUCAAACACUACAUCCCUCGGUUGGUCGGGAAGACAGAGAUAACAGGAUUCUCAAAUCCCUGAAAAAACACAUGGUGUUCAGGACAAAGUUCAGAAACCCCCGUACCUUUGAUAACAAGGAUGGAUCUCUCCAAAUCACAAGGCAGUGGAAAGAAAACUAUGACUUCAGUCUAGACACCAAGUUUUCAACUGACUUAAAGGAGAAGGCUAUCGUCCGAGCGUUGCAUGGCCCGUGGGAUUUCUCCAUUCAAGACACCAGUGAAGAGUUUCGUCUCAUCAUCCACAUGUGGAUAGGUCUUUUUUAUAGCCGGUCAACAGCUAGGCUCUUUCACCUUGAGUCGAACUUUACAUAUCCAUGUUUAGCAGAGAGUGCUUCUUUGGUAACAUCCAGUGGAACUGGAUCAGCCCCAGCUCAGUCUGUCCUCAACGGCAAUUUAUUUGAUCCAUUAGGGAGUUUACCGAACACCUCAGACCUUCCUGUUGAAAAUGCUUUGGACCUCAGUAAAAAAGAUACCUCUGUCAUGGACCAAGAAUCUCAGAUUUUGGACUUAUCACUGAGAAACUCCAAAGCAGGGGUUGUCAUUUCAGAUUCACAAGUCAACAAAAAGGAGACUUCUGUGCCGAGGGAACACAAAGAAGCAACUGAGACAUUGAACUUACUCAAGUCAUCAAUCAGACUACAUGAGUGUCACAGAAACAUGGUACUCUCGACAGAGAUCAUCAAUGUGGUGAAUGAUGUUGGAAGCAUCUAUGAAAGUAAGACGCCUUGUAUUCCUUUGGAAAACAUUGGCUUCCUGGAGCACAUCAUUUUACCCUCUGUUAAAGGGGGUGGAACUGUAAUUCCUGUACAAGAAGAGAUAUUUGUUCAGCCAGAGGAUCGUGGGACUACUUCAGGAAUUGGCCAAAUGCAACAUGGAUCCAACAAUGAGAAGGCUGAAAGAAAAGAUGACAUGGCGAAAUCAGAAGCUACAGAGAAAACGUUGAUGCAAAGCCAUGGAAUGGAUUCACCCAAAUCCAUGGCAGACAAACAGGUGGACCCCAACAAAGAAGCAGGUGAUAUGGCUUAUACAGUGGAGCAUAAUGUAACGAAAUCCAAAGAUGGGGAAAACUGGGAGGUGAAAGAAAACCCAUACCAAGAAGGCCACAUACAACCUUCCCCAGAGAUGAUGUGUACAGGUGAUUCAACAAACAAAGAGUCAGGUGUAGUCUCACCAGGCCAGGCUAAAAAGGCUAAUGAAGAUCGGUAUUGUUGUAUAGGACAUGAAGAUAAAGUGAUUGAAGAUGAAAAUCACUUUGAAAAAGAAAGUGGACUGAAUGAGAAAGCCCUUUGCAUUUCAGAUAUGGUGGAUGGCAAGGAUUUGAAUGACCAAUCAUUACCUAUGAUAUGUGACAGCCCUGAUUCAGUAAAGGGGGAUUGCAUUACAAAAUGUAAUCAGCAACAACCACUGGAUGAGCAACCACCACAAGCAGACAGUAGAAAAGAUGUCUGUCAUGACAUGGAGUUGAGGAAGCCGUGUGCAAAUGGGAGUGCAUUGACAGAUGAACAAGCCCUACAGGUUAAAACUCUUGACACUACCUCUGGCAUGGAUGCUCUUCACAAUGAACAUGCAGUUGGGUCAAAUUCUGACACAUACAUUACUUUUGUAGACAAGGCACAUUUGAAGAAGGCAGCAUUAACCAUGUCUGAUGAAAGCGCCCAUUCAUUGAAAGGGUCUUAUACAGAUGGGUCUGUUCCCCAGACAAAGGACAAUGUUGAAACAGGAAGGAAAAACAACUUGGAAGUGAGACAAACCCUGUACCAAGAAGGCAACCUAGAACCUUCCCCAAAGGUGUUGCAUACAGGUAAUGAUCCAACAAACAAAGAAUUGGGUAUGUCCUGCAGUGGUAAUAUUUUGGGAGAUGAGAGGCAGUUAGCUACAGAGGAACCUAAAGCAGUCUCACCAGGCCAAGCUAGAAAUGUCAAUGAAGAUGAGGAUUGUUGUAUAGGAGAUGAAGAUAAAGUAAUUGAAGAUGAAAAUUGCUUUGACAAGGAAAAUGGACUGGAUGAAAAAGACAGUUGCAUUUUAGCUGAGGAGGAGGGCAGGGAUUUGAGUGUCCAGCCAGUGCCUAUGGUGUGUGAAAGCCCUGAUUCAGUAAAAGAAGAUUGCUUUACAAGGCGCCAAGAACCACUGGAUGAGCAACAAACUCAAGCAGACAGCACCACAGAUGUCUGCCAUGACUUGGAGUUGAGGAAGCUGUCUGCAAAUGGGAAUGCAUUGACAGAAAAAAAUGCCAUAUCAGACAAAGCUCCUGAUAUUCUGUCUGGCAUGGAUCCUCUUCAUAAUGAACCUGCAGUUGAAGUAAAUUCAGAAACAGAUAUUUGUUUGAUUGACAAGGUACAUUUCAAGAAGGCAGCCUUAACCAUGUCUGAUGAGAGCAUCUGUUCAUUAGAAGAGUCUUGUGCACAUGGGUCUGUUCCCCAGACAAAGGACGAUGUUGAAACUGGAAGCCAAAACAAUUUAAGUUUUCGUCCAAGUUGUAAUGUUCAUGAAAAUCAGGAUACCAAAUCAACUGAGGCAGAGGGAAAGGCUGAUAACACAACUCAGAAAGAACCAUUCCAUCAACAGUCUCCUUUACCUCACUUUGAGGUUAAGCGUGAAGCUGAAGUGACAUUGACUGAAGAAACAGUUUGGAAUAGAGACAAAACAAAUGAUGGGUUGGAGAAGAUCCAUGGUGCGGUUGUAAUCCCAUUUAUUGGGAUGGACAUCUCUGGAGAGGAUACUAAACAACCACAUGUCUUACCUUCUCAAGGCAAGGUUGAAGAAGUUGCUGAAGGCCAAAAAGAAAUACCAUUGAUCAGUGAUACUACCUUCCCUAAUGUCAUUCUACCCAUACAGGAAUACAGCACUUCUCAAAUGUACAGGAAAGACGCAGAACUCUCUCUAGAUGUAAACGAAACCUAUCAGCCAGUAGUUUUGGGAAGUGAGUCUGAUGACAGAUGUCCUACUCCAACCAUGGAUGAGAAACCAUAUAAGUACAUAUCUAGUUCAGGCACUAGUAGUACUUCUGCUUUUAGUGAUGGUGAAACUUGCAAAAAUCUAACUCAGAAAUAUCGUAGCAGAAGUUCAACACAGGAUGAAGUGCCUCUUGAGCAAAAACAUUGCCACACGUCCACACUAAGUUCUGACCACAACUCUCCUUGUGGCCUUCAUCCUGAUCUUGAACUAAGAACUCUUAGAGUUCUACAGAGUAUUGACAAGUUUCUCUCCAAAGCAAGUCACACUGACAAAUCCAGCCAAAAUGAAACAGCGGUCAUGAAACACUCUCUUGAUCAAACCCCUAAUCCCAGUAGCAAGUGCACCCCCACUUGCUUAGCCCCAGGCGACACUGCAGCUGAAGUUACAGACAAGACAAUAAACAAUACAAAGCCAGUAGUGGUAGCAGCCUGUACCUCACAAGAAUUGAGUACAGAAUCAUCAAACCACUCACUUAUAUCACCUUUCAAAAGUAAAUUAGAGGAAGUACUUGGUGUUAAGUUGCAGCUAAAGAAAACAGACUCAACAGUUCAUCAACAAUACUUUGAAAAACUAGGUAAAUCACAGGAAACCUCUGUCAGACAAGACUGUCAUCCCUACAGAUCCCUUUCAUCAGAGUCUUUGCAAACCACUAAACCAAAUAUUGACCAACACAGACAUAAAACAUCACAGACCCAAUUAACUCAUGAACCCCGUUCAUACAGUCAGCGUCCUGUCAUGGCUGUGAAACCAUCAAAGAGUGAUGAAAGUCAAGCAGAAGAACAAAUCGAAAACUCUUCAAAAAAUAAACAGGCUAAAUUUCCUGUAGUCACAUGCACAACAUCCACUCCCAUGCUCUCAGAAAGAAAGAUAGAAGGUUUCAAGGCAUAUCUUAAAAGACUAAAUUAUGAUAAUUGGGAGGCCAGGGAGCGUCCUUCCAAGAGUAGUUGGUUAUCAAAUGUGAAUGACAGUAAAUCUAACAAUAAAGAUGGAGCAAAAUUUGCUCUUGAAGGUCUUUCAUGUCAGAACAAAGGAACAGGCAUUUCAAAAUUAAACAUUUCUUCAUCUACCUCCAUGCAAUCUUUUGAAUCUGCAAAAAGUUCCUCUAAACAUGAUGAUGGAAACCAACGUUUGCUGACAUACAGUUCAGUUGAGAAAGUCAAACAAACAACUAAAGAGAACAUCAAGGUGGAUCAGAUAAACUGCUCAGGCGCAUUGGCUUUAUUGGUGGAUUACAAUGAUGAUAGCGAAACAGAUGAGAGUCUUGUUCUGGGACCUCAAAGCUCACUUGCAUGUACAAUCUACAACAAAAGCCAGGAAAGAUCUAACUCUUUUCUGGAGAAAGUUUCUCAAAGGUGCCUACAGGAUGACCCAACUCAAGCAUCAAUGGAACAGGAGUGCCUUAUCUUCUCAGAACAAAUGAAACUACUUUUGAAAAGGAGUGAAGGGGGACCCCCCUGCCAACAAGAUACACAUAAAUUAAAGUUUCCUUGCGUCACUCCCAUGACUGUACACUUUUCCAAUCUGGAGGAGCAGGAGGAAUUUCUGGAUCACUUGGAUGCACCAUCACUUGUUGGACUAAAAAUCAUGGUCAACAUGUCUGACAGGAAAUCCUUGGCAGACACCACAGAGGAAGAAAAGACUUUGCAUCCUGAAAGAAAGUCUAAAGCAACUGGCAAUGAACUGGAACAUGCUGGGAUUGCUGAUGUUACUGCAGAAUGCACCACACUUUAUGAGGAAAUGAUGAAUAAUGUUUGCGCUGGCACAAAGGUCCUAUCUAAAGCCAAGACCUCCCAAAUGGGUAGAAUUUACCCAAAGACUGAACCAAGUGACCCUUUUGACUUCUGUGGUCAAAUGAAGAGAAAACUGGAUGAGAGUUUUCGGAAUAACCUGAAUUCAGUUGUAAAGAAAUCCUGCAGAACAAAGUACAGAUUCUACAUAUUAGUGACAUCAGAUGAUGCCUUCUUUGAGGAAACCAAGGCACAGUUAGAGGCAGAGGGUCAUACUGCUGUACAGCCAUCCCAGUUCUUCCUUGGUGAGGAUAGUUCUUCAUCUCUUCUCAUCAUCCUCAGGAAUGAAGACAUUGCAGAGCACAUUUGUGAGGUUCCACAUUUGCUGGAGCUAAAGAAGUCACCAGGUGUGCAGUUUGCAGGAAUUGAUGAACCAGAUGAUGUUGUGAAUCUCACCCACCAGGAACUCUUCACAAGGGGUGGUUUUGUAAUGCUUGACAAAGCCGUACUGGAGACCCUCAGCCUUUGCAACAUGAAAAGAAUGUCAGAAAUCUUGCAAGAGCUUAGCAGAACGGGGAAGUGGAAAUGGAUGUUGCACUACAGAGACAGUCGUCGUCUGAAAGAAAAUGCAAGGUUGAGUGCUGAGGCAAAAGAGAAGAAGCACUUCUUAAACUGGUGCCAAGAAACUGGACUUGUGGAGGUCUUGCCUUACCACGAGUGUGAUCUUGUGACAAGAGAUAAGCCGGACUAUUUCUCCUGUCUGGUCCGCUUGCAGGUCCAAAAUGUAUCAGCUCGAUAUCCUGUUUUUGUAACUGAUGUGACAACGGACGCUGCAUUUGGGAAAAAUGGAAUUUUAACACUGACUGUCAACUCUUUCCUGACAAGUUCUCCAAGUGAAACAUUUACAGUCUGACCUGGAAAAAGUCCGAUGGAUGAACUCAAGUUGUGCUGAUUUAAGCGCACAGCAAUAAAAACCUCUUUGGCCAGUAAGCCAGUGGUUCUGUAACAGUGAUUUCAAGGGGUCAUCACACUUACUACAUGUACCAGCUCACUCUUUUGUAUGCAGCAGUAAAUAACGCCUUAUAGUUGUUUUUUUAUGUUAAUGCUGUUCAUUUGUAAAAUAAUUUAUCUUAUAUUGUAUUUUUAAUGUGAUUACAAAUUCUAUAUAUAUUUUGUCUUUUUCUCUAUGAUCUUGACUUUAUACAUGCAGCACAAUCAUUACUAGUGUUUAAUGACAAGGCUUUUGUUGUCGAGAGACAGCUCAAAGAAUUAACUUUUUUUUAGGUGAAAACCUCAUAGUUGUAACUUGUUCAAGCCAAUUCAGGCAGUUUCCAAGUGGUGUGUUAGAUAUUAAAAGUAUACUGUUGACUGAGUGUCAAACUACAGUGUAACAAAUGAUAAAUAUGUAAAAAUGUUGACUCUUACUUUGUACAGUGAUUGACAAUAAAGACGUUUUGUUUGA